AUGCCUGAUAUCGUUAUUCGCCAUUCGGUAUCCUACUACCCUAUAUUGUGUUUAGCUAAUCAAAUUAAUCGUUAAUAACCAAUAACGAAGAUAAACUGAUUUACGUAAACGGAUUCCUAUUUCCUAAUUGCCAUUGCCAUAUUGGAUACUAUACUACGGUUUAUAACACAUGRAAAUAGAAACACGAAAAUAAUAUCUUAAUAAUAAUUAUWAUUAUAAUAUCAGUCAGGCGCAGAAUUCUACGUACCGGUACAUUAAGGUAGAGCUCCUGUUUGUCACCGGUCUGAGUCCAACGAAUUGAAAUCGUCCGGCGAGUCAUCUAACAAAUAGCCAUGCUGUCAAAGAAAUGCAUCAAGUACGUUUGCUGGACACUGCUGUUCGCGUUUGUGUUCCUUGGACUGCCAAAACUUUGCUUGAGUCACGGACACCACCACCACCACCAUGAUCACGAUCACGACCACCAUACACCCAAGUCUGUGCCCGCUCCGACCGUCGAUUCAAUGCUGUGGAUCAAAGCUUUGUCGUCCACCGUGGCCAUUAGCGUGCUGCCGUUUUUCGUGUUGUUCUUCAUACCUAUCAGUAACAAGGAUGAACACAAGUCGUUUCUAAAGGUGCUCUUGAGUUUUGCGUCUGGUGGAUUAUUGGGCGACGCAUUCCUACACUUAAUUCCACAUUCAUUGUCCACACACCACCACCAUGGCCAUGAAGAUCAUCACCACAGUAGUGAUGAGUACUCCCAUGAUCACGGUCAACAUUGUAGUGCUGAUUUACAUAGUUCGGAAGAUGGCCAUGACCAUGGCAAUGAGAUAAGAGUGGGAUUGUGGAUCCUAGCCGGCAUAUUGGUGUUCUUGUUUGUUGAGAAAAUGGUUAGAGUGAUAAAAGGUGGCCAUAGCCAUUCACAUUCGUCUGUACGUCCCAAAGAAAAAUURAGUGAUGAUGAAGAUGAAGACGAUGAUACUACCAAAAAUGUUAAACUCCCAAUGCCAAAACAAAGUUUAUCAGUAGCUGGGUGGUUAAAUGUAGUUGCUGAUUUUACACACAACUUUACCGACGGACUUGCCAUUGGUGCUGCAUAUUUAGCCGGUCAAAAUAUUGGUAUAGUCACAACAUUAACAGUAUUACUUCAUGAAGUCCCACACGAAAUUGGAGAUUAUGCAAUUUUAAUUCAAGAAGGCAGUUCUAAGGCAAAUGCUAUGAAAUGUCAGUUAUUAACUGCAAUAGGAGCUAUAUGUGGAACAUUAGUGUCAUUGACGUUUGGAAAAGAAAGUGAAGUUGCAAAUUCAUGGGUACUACCAUUUACAGCCGGUGGUUUCAUUUAUAUUGCAACUGUGAAUGUAAUACCAAGUCUUUUAGAAGACUCUAGUUUCAAACAAUCCAUUAAAGAGAUUUUAGCUUUAUUAGUGGGAGUUUACUUAAUGGUUCUUGUUGCUAAAUAUGAAUAAAUCAACAGUUUAGUAUAGUUUAUUUGACUGAAGUCACAUCCAUACGUCAUGUUGGAACAUAUUUAUUUUAUUUAACAAGAAUACAAUUGUUUUAAGUUAAAUUUUAGCAAUUUGUUUAAAACUACAUUUAAUAAAAGAAAUCAAUACCUAUAAAAUUGUAUAAGGUAUAUUGGUAUUUUAAUCAGAUUUCUAUUUAGAUUGUUUUAAUACCAAUGAACUGAUAUGUGAUAAUAUUUUUUGUA